GAUUUCCAAGAAGCUUAUGGACUUAAUAAUGAAAAUAUAUACAACCCAACAGUUAGUCCAGCAACGUCUCAGGAAAUGUCUUCCGCUGCUUUCCGUGUUUUGCAUGCAAUCAUACCGGUUCAGUUCAAUUUUAUGAACAAAGAUUACAAAACUGAAUUUUCAGUAAACGUGACGGACUGUUUGGCAAAUCCCAAUCUAAUACCGCUGAACGAAAAUUUCGAUAAAUUAAUAAAAGGAUUUUUGGAAACGCCUGGUCGUCCUGUCCAACCUUCAUAUAAUUUCUACAUAUCCAAUUUUAUGAGAAAUACAACUAGCGAUAUCCAAUUUCCUGGAUUGGAUUUAAUGUCGGUGGAUUUGGCAAGGGGUCGUGAUGUUGGUUUGCCAACUUAUAACCGAGUUAGACAUUUGUGCGGACUACCAUUGGCUGACGAUUUUGAAGACUUAGUGGACCUAAUACAUCUAAAAGAUAUAAGAAAAUUAAAAGAUCUUUAUUACUCAGUGAAUGACAUUGACUUACUCGUAGGAUUAUUAUUAGAAAAACCAAGUGACGGUGCGAUGGUUGGCCCGACUACGCGGUGUAUAAUAGCCGACAGCUUCUAUCGGUUCAAAGCUGGAGAUCGAUUUUUUUACGAUGUACAAGGACAACCGGGUAGUUUCACUCCUGACCAACUAAAAGUGAUUAAGAAAAUCACCCUUGGUCACGUUUUAUGCGCUAUUACAAAUAUAGAUCAUGUACAAACGUCUAUGUUUAAAGCAGUAGAUCACAAUUUGUUCCCAACCAGCAAACUGAAUUGUGACGAUGACUUCCGCAUAGAUUUCAAUAAAUGGGUGGAAUCAACUAACAAUUCUGACGUCAACUGUCCAUUUUUUCAAAAUAAGCAAUUAUAAUCCAUUCAUGUCAUCACUCGUUUAAUAAAUUAUGUUUAUUUGUAAAA